AUGUUGGCUUUUGCUUUUCUUAAGAGGUAUUUUGUUGUACCAAACAGUGCUAGUGAAAAUAUUGAUGCUUCCCUCUAUAAGAAAUUCCCUGGCCUGGCUGGAGGGUCCCUGCUUUCUCCAGCAGUCCCUGACUCCCUGAAUACAACUGCCAUUCCUACCCGCCGUCGACACCGCACAACCUUCAGCCAGAAUCAACUAGACCAUCUGGAGACAGCUUUUACAAAAAAUCAUUACCCUGAUAUUUAUUGCCGAGAAGAACUGGCCAGGGCUACCAAACUCAAUGAAGCUCGCAUCCAGGUAUGGUUCCAGAACCGGCGGGCAAAGCAGCGAAAGCAAGAACGGGCCCUACCAAAGCCAACCACGCCUGCUGUUCUCUCGAUCUGCCCCAUUCCUGUGCCUCCUCCUCGACAAUACCAAUAUUCCCCCACACUUGGACCACAUCCUCAUUUACCCCACUUCCCUUCCACCUACACUCUACCGCCCCCCUCUCCUACUUCUGCCCCCUUUCCUUGUUCUGUCCCCCAUCAUCCUCAAAGCCCUCGUAGUCAUGAAGACUGGUAUAAUUCACUGCGCGCUGUGGGCUCUACAGCUACCCCGUCCACUUCUGUGUUCUCUCUUAAUCUUGAUCCCGGUAUACACUGGGACUAG